AUGGAUACAACUGAAACAGAGACGGAAAAAGUCAAGCCCGUGCCUGUUGUGGACGAAGAAGUGGGCGAAGGGCGUUUGGAAAAUACAGACCUCAAGGCUGAGGGGGAAGAGAAUGAAAAUGUCGAGUACAGUUAUGAAUCGCACCGAUCGCCAUUUCCCGAAGUCAGAGCUGUUGUCCCUGAAACCGAUGAUCCCAGCAUGCCAGUUAGUACGGUCCGUAUGUGGAUACUGGGGGUAGUGUUCACAAUAUUUGGGUCUGGAAUCAACCAAUUCUUUUCUCUACGGUAUCCAUCAGUUCACAUCGUCGCACUUGUUGCAGAGCUUCUGGCCUACCCGCUGGGAGUUUUCCUUGCAAGAACUCUUCCCAUGACCACAAUAUCACUCGGACCCCUAGGAAGUUUCCAGCUCAACCCCGACAGAAAAUUUAAUAUCAAGGAGCAUGCUCUCAUUGUUAUUAUGAGCAACGUCUCGUUUGGCUAUGCCACAGCUGACUCGACGAACAUCAUCCAGGCCUCCAGUAAAGCCUUUUACAACUUUGAUUUGAAGCCUGGUUUCUAUGUGAUGAUCGUCCUUUGUGCCCAGCUUCUCGGAUUUGGAGUCGCCGGUUUAUCUGCUCCGUGGCUAGUGGAGCCUGCACGUAUCAUCUGGCCCGGUGUUCUAUCGAACUGUGCCAUGUUAGAGACAUUGCAUUCACGCGCUAAUACCAUUGCCAAUGGAUGGCGUAUUUCCCGCUUGCGCUUCUUCCUCUAUGUUACAGCUGGCGGUUUUGUUUGGUACUUCUUCCCAGGCUUGAUAUUUACUGCGCUGUCAUAUUUCACUUGGGUAUGUUGGAUCGCACCCAAGAAUGUCAUUGUGAAUCAGCUCUUCGGAAUGCAGACAGGCUUGGGAUUGAGUCCAAUCACAUUUGAUUGGAGCCAAGUCGCAUACAACACAAACCCCCUUCUAUCUCCUUCUUGGGCAGCGCUCAAUGUCUUUGCCGGAUUUGCGUUCUUCUAUUGGAUCGUGGUCCCAGUCUUAUACUACAAGAACACCUGGUUCACGGCUUACUUGCCACUGAUGACAUCUGACGUGUACGACAGAACGGGUGCAGUCUACGACACUGCUCGUGUUAUCUCUUCAGAUAAUACCUUGGACGUAGCGGCUUAUCGCAAAUACUCACCUCCAUAUCUUGGAGCAACCUUUGCAUUUGUCUACGGUCUUUCUUUCGCGUCAAUUACUUCCGUGCUUUCGCACAUUGGAAUUUGGCAUGCCCGAGAUCUCUGGGCUGCUAUGAAAGGUCGUAACCGACUUGACAUCCACGCUCGACUGAUUCGUGCUUCAUACCGUCGCACUCCCUGGUAUUGGUACAUUGCUAUUAUCGUGGUAAUCAUGGCCAUGUGUAUUGCCAUGGUUGAAGUCUACGAUACCAAGCUUCCCGUGUAUGGCGUAUUUCUGGGUCUUAUCAUCCCAGCUCUGUAUAUGGUUCCUUGCGGAAUCGUGCAAGGUAUCACGAAUGUCGAUGCGAACCAGCUUAAUGUUCUUGCCGAAUUUCUAGGUGGAUAUCUCUUCGAGGGUCGGCCUCUAGCUAAUAUGAUCUUUAAGAUCUUGUCGACGGAUGUCGUGGGCCAAGGUGUUUAUUUCGCUAUGGAUAUGAAACUGGCCCAUUACCUCAAGGUGCCACCACGGACCACCUUUUUCGCCCAGGGAAUUGCUACCAUCCUUGGUGCUUUAACCCAAGCCGGCGUUACAAUGUGGAUGCUGGGCCAUAUCGACGGCAUUUGCGAGACUGACCAGACUGAUAGCUUUACGUGUCCCAAUGGUCGAACGGUGUAUUCCUCAUCUGUCAUCUGGGGGCUUGUUGGACCUCGUCGUCUUUACUCCGUCGGAAAGAUCUACUCGUCACUCCUUCACUUCUUCUGGAUCGGAUUAUUAACUCCAUUUAUUACAUACUUCCUAUACCGAUGGACGCGACAACGCUUCUGGAAGCAGAUCAAUUGGCCCUUGAUCUUUGUCGGGACUUACAAUGUUCCUCCGGCUACUGGAAUCAACUAUUCCAGCUGGGCUCUUGUGAAUUUUCUUUUCAAUCAUGUCGUGCGCCGUCGUUGGUUUGCCUGGUGGACGAAAUACAACUAUAUCUUGGCUGCCGCACUCGAUACCGGCUUGGCCCUUAGUGGAAUUGUCAUAUUUUUCUGCAUCUCGUACCCUGGCGCUUCAUUUCCUGACUGGUGGGGAAAUAAUGUUUAUUUGAAUACUGCUGAUGCAGAAGGUGUUUCUUGGUUGAAGAUGCCAUCAGUGGGAUACUUUGGCCCUGCUAAUGGGACAUGGAGUUGA